CUCGCGCGUCGACAAUCAGAAGUCGUGGAGCGUUCUGCUACUCUAGCGGCUACCGUAUGUCGCCUCGCGGGUGACGUCCCUUGCCAAUAAAGUGGUGUUCAAUGGCCCGAUGUGCGAACGAGUGGAGCCAAGCUGUUGAAAUAUAUGACAACCUUAUUCAAUGUCGGGCCCUAACUGAUAAAUGGACUGAACGACUUAGUCCGGUGUUGUGGUGUUUUUUAUUUCGUUUAACCUGCUUAAAUAUUAUCUGCCCGCUGUGUUAUUAGUGUGAUUACUCCACGUGAAAAUUGAGGUUAGUUUGACGUAUAUUGUUUGUGUUUUUUUACUGGAUGUAUUCAAUAUUAUUACUAGACACAGUUUAGUGACAUUGAUUUUAGCUUCAUGUGUGGACAUUGACUUGGAUAAAACUUGGAUAAAACUUAUUUAACGAAUGGGUCAUGUCUUUCUCAAUACCAGUAAAUGAAAACAUGGACAAAAUUGGUGAAUUUUUCAGGACAAGAGAUUUAGAGGAAUGGAUCGUGAUUAGAACAGUCACAAUAUCCUUUAUAGUUUCCGGAAUAAACUGACUACUAAAUAUAACAGCCAAUCAUCGUUGAACAAAUGGUCACCUGAUUAAGUGCUUCCUAGUUCAUGAACACAUACUUCCGGCUAUCGAUUGGUUUUGAGCCUCUUACCUUCAAUGUUUUGGACAUGUACUCCCUGGGAUAAUACAAGCAAGGAUGUUUGGACUUAAAGUUCCGAUAUCGGCCACAGAGAGGAAGGAUGAAUUUGACAGUGUCUCCACCAUUUUGUCACAGAGCUCUAUUACACGGAAGUCUCUUACGAAAGGUUCCCCAGAAUGGCUGACUUCCGGUGGCGACGAAGGAGAAAUAUUUCACCUGGAGCUGCCCACAGGAGUCGAGACACGACUCGCGCGCCUGAGUAGUCUUGAUGGCGGAUCCGUCAGUAGCCUAGCGCUCGGAGCUGGCUGCAACAGUGAGGACACCGGCUAUUCCUCAGACCAGGAGUUGAGCUUGUUUGAACAAGCCAGUAAAAUCGCUAAGAAGAGGAGCAAGUCCAGCAAGCUGUCCAGUAAAGCCAGGACGUCAUCUUCUUCUUCCGGUUCUGAUAAGCUGUCGGUGGGAACCACGAAAAGUAGGUCAGUGGGCGGAUCCGUUUUGGACGAGAGCCUUGACGACGGUGUCUUCCUGCAAAAGUCCAACUUCCGGUCAAGUCAAACUAGCACGGUGUCCUCCAGUUCCACGUCUUCUCAUUGCAGCUGCGGGGAACAAAGUCACGUGACCUCAGGUCACAUUCACAGAACUAGACCCUCCUGCGCUCAUACUUUAUCCAAACAUUGUGACAAUCAUCACGACUGGAGAACCACCGAGCUGGAAGUGCUCGUGCACUCAUCAAAUGCCUGGACUAGUUCCUCUCCAAACGGAAGUGCCUUGUGCGAACAACUUCUCGGCAUUGUCCUGCUCGCCAAGGACGAUAACUCGUACAGCAGAUUCAAUGGUUCUCACGUCAUAAUUAAAGGACUUCUACCGCACAGCGACCCUGUUAUGAAGCCGGAGAUUCUAAUAGGCAGACGAUUGCACAGUAUCGAUGGGCAGGAGUUAACAUGGUGCAACAUGGACACUCUUAUGUCCAGUAUUAGCAAGUUUAAAAAGGUCAAGCUGACCUUAAAGUCUCUCAGGCCAGAGAAAUCUGAACUUGAUCUGGAGAAGCUGGUCAGCAUCUUGACCUCCGAACCUCAUGAUCACCAUGGAAUGGAGGGUAUGGCAGCCAUGUAUCUGUCACUGGAAGGCUCCAGCCAAGAUGACUCAGGAAAUAGUCAUGAUGGUCUAGUGUACAGCUACCCUGCAGAGAAAAAUUCUCUCCACCAACUACAGGGCAUGUUCUAUACACUGGCACAUCUUGUCAAAGACAUCAAGUCAGCCAGCACUAUUAGAAAUACUACCUUGACCAUAGAUGACCAGAGAAUCCAUGUUGCCUACCAACAAGAGUAUUCAGACAUCUUGGUUUUUGCAAUGCCAGCAUCUCAUGUUUCAGUUAGCCAGUUAAACACAUUGUUGUCAGAGUUUGCCAGACUUUUGAGGAUUCUGUAUGGAUCUAUCGAAUCUGCUUUUAACAAGAGCAAUCACUCUGGAUGGAUAGACAACAUUUUGACCUACCUCUUUCGACAAGUUAUGCAGACCUCGCAGAUAUUUUCCACAAAUUCAUCCCCUGGAGGACUGAAAGAGAAGGUCAACCUUGCUUCUGAAUGUCUACCAUUUGUCAGAUAUUCCCAGCAUAUCUCUUCCAUAAGUUUACCAGAAGAUCUCAAGGUUGAGGUUGACAAGUCAUUAAGCAAAUUCUCCUCAUCUGAUUUUGCAGAUAUGUCUGAAAAUUUUUAUGGCUGCCGACGGAAGUACCACAUAUUGGGUUCAUGUUUCUACUACUCUGGUCAGUUGGUCAGUAACCAGCUGGCACCUUCUGACCUCCAGGACAUUCAUCUGUACCUCCAGCACCAUGGUCUCCUGGAGCUGACUGCACGCUGCAGUGUGGCCCAACUGGUGGUGUGGCAUGAAGUGUACCCUACAAGAUUCUGCCAUGACAUCGCAGAUAUCAACAACACUUUUGGCUACUCUGAGCCGAAUGCCAGAUGGUGUCAUCUUAUUGUUGGAUUGAAAUAUGGCAUCUUUUGUUGUCUGUUAGAAACUGUUAGUGUUCCAAUGAAAAAAUUAUCUCCCAUAAGUGCAGAUGUGUUCUAUAUUGAUCAAGCAAAGGCCUGCCUAUUGCAAUUACAGACACCAAAUUUACUGGCAGCUCUUAAUAUCAGUGUCAGCAGGGAGUGCCAAUCGGCUGUGACUAAAUCCGACUACUGUGCCACUUACAUCAAGACCAGCUAUGAAAAAACAACCCAGAUGUUUGGUGAGAGCCUGAAGCAGAAGUCCCACAGCAACAGCUCUUUUGUGGCAGCAUUGCAAUCUGAUUGGAGGAAACUAUCUCCCCGAACAGUUGCUACUGGAGAAAAUUUUUACCAGAGUCCUGAGAGUGGCAAACUGUACCCAAUGUCCCAUUGCAGUGUAGCUGGCAGUGGAUCACUUGAGCUUUCAAUACCAACUUCUCUCUCUGCCAACCCUUGCAUUAGCAGGAUCUCAUCUGGCAGAAACCCUUCUAUCUAUCAGUAUUGUUAUUUGGAUGGACUUGAGGGGACACUGGUAAUUGGAGCUGAUGUUGACUCAUCUGGAAUCUUCCAGUCGCAAAUUGUUCACACUUUUUAUUUGUGCUGUAGACAGAUUCAUGAUUUCUUCCAUGACCUGGGAGAGAAAUGGCAAAGUUCCAAACAUCAAGUCAAAGGAGGAGAUAAUGAGCAUUAUGAUGAAGUUAAUGCUGACUGUAGUCUUAGUAGCAUGAAAGAACAUGGAGUUCUGAUGACCUUUAACCCUCACAUUAAAGAAGAUGGUCACAAAAGCAAUCAAGCUCUGGAAUACUGGGUUGUUGGUCGCAAGCUGAAGAGACCAAGCUCAAGAGAAAUGUUUGUCUGCUUCCAUGCGCUAACCUCACAGCUUAUCAUUGAUCUUGCUUUCAAGUUGUCAUGAGCCCUUAUCACCGGGAUAGUUUUGUUUUUGGCCUUUUUUUUUCAUAAAAUAAAAGCCAAACAAAAAACAGGCAUAAUUGAAAAAAAGGUCACACAGAUUAAAAAAGCAAUUAGUAUGAUUGUAAAUAGUGAUGUACGUAAUACUGUAAAUAUUCCAUGAAAACAAAUAUUUGCUGCAUGUUCAACACACACACAAAUAAGCUUUUAAACAUUGGUAAAAUAUUGAUUAAAUUCUGUAAGAAUAUUUAUUGAUAUUUGAACCAGAUGUCUUCCAGAUUGCUAUAUAUUUGGUAUAUGAAACCCAUUGUAAUAGAUUGUAAGUAUAUAUCCUGUUGACUUUAGUUCAAAUCUAGCAUAUUUUACAUGUUAUAAAUAGUAUUUAAACUUGACAUAAUAGCACACAUUAUAACUAUAUCUUUUACAUUUCUAUAACUUGGUAUCGUUAUGUAAAUAAGAAAUAAAAUGUGAUUUAUUUUAUUGACUUAUAGCUUCCUUCAGCUGUCCCCUAGUCUGUAAGGUCAGUGGGACACCACACAUGAUCUGCCAACAGUUUAUUUCUGUUCCUUUCUGUCUUUUGCCAAGAUUUAAGUCGCUUUCAAAGACAGGACCAUCCAUUCCUUAAUGUUGUUCACCCAUCACAUCCUUUGUCUACCUCUCCUUCUUUUCCCUGACACAAUUCUCUGCAGAAAAGUCUUUGCAAUUUUUUGACAGUAUAUAAAAUGUCAUCAUGGCGUUCAAUGGCCUUUGUGAUCCUGUCAUUUAGAUUCACUUUUCAUUAAUCACCUUUUUCUAUUUCUCAUUUCCAUGUGUGCUUUAAAACGUUCUUAUAAUGAGAAUAAUAUUCUGAAGUCAUUGAACUUCAAUUGAAUUGAUAGUUACUUCCUGUGUUCAACUUUUAUUACUAAAUAGUUGACAGACUUGAGCCAGCUUAUGGCUUAUAAAUUAUUGUGUAAUGUGUAGACUGCCUUUUUAUAUAUACAUGAUUUAUUGUUAAAUUUUUGAAAUUCUUUUUUAAUACAAAGCAAUAUGUUAUAUUUUUGGUGAACAAGAUCUAGAUUGCCAACAAUUUGUAUAUGUUUCAAAUAUUUAACGCUUUAAAAAAAACUUUAAACGUUUAUAACAAAAUUGAGAAGCUUGAAAAAAGAAUUUUUGUUGCCAAAUUUCUGAAGUUGUUUUACAGAAAAGUGUCAGUUAAAAACUUGCAUGAUAUCAUUGUUAACUCUUUUUUCCUUAUUUUUUUAGUUUAAUUGUGAGCUUUAGAUGUUAUAUUAUUUACUACAGCUCAAUCACAGUAAGUCAGACUAUCACAUUUAACAAUGUGUUAUGAAUUUCUUAAGUUAUACGUUACAGACCCUCUUUAAAAAAGAAGAUUAGUAAGUCCUUUUUUAACAAUGGAAUGUCUACCACAUCCUACUUUAACUCAACAGCCUGAUAAACCUUGCCAAUGAUUAAAUGAUCUAAACAUCUAUCCUUACUUCUUAAGUUUAUCACACGAUACUUAAGUUAGUAAGUCUGGACUCAUUGUAUUAAUUACUUAGUCUAAAAUACUUUAAUUGACAGUUUAUAUUUGAAAACAUUUGAAAAGAUAAAUACUAGAAACAUUAUGACAUACUGUGCAACUUAAACCAAAAAAAAAACCAUUUAUGGUUCCACUUUUUAUGUUUUCAAAUUUUUUUUUUUAAUAAAUGAAAAAAAAAUGAAGUACUGUAAUUGUAUAAUAUGCUUACAAUUCUAAUCAAGCAGUGGGCAGAUUUCAAUGCAUUGCCAGGAAUUUGCCAAUCAAAUGAUAUAAUCAUUUUUUUUUUAAUUUAACUACUUUUUUAUUUAAAACUCUUUAUUUAAUAUUAAUAUAAUUUUUGGGGGGAAAUUCUGUUUUGGCUUUAUUGUUGUUCUUUGAAUUAAAGUAGUUAUAGAGUCUGGCAUCUGUUGAUCCAAAUACCCUCCCCCCCCCCUCCUUUCAAAUAAGUUAUCACUAUCCAUUGGAAGUAAAGAUAUCAUAUAGGAUAACAGAUAGCUGGCAAGUCUCAUUCUAAAGAAAUUAUUUGUGUGUAUCUUUUAAUAGUUUUUCUUGUGAUUAUUGAUCUUAUUCUUAUAUUUUUGAUCAAAUAUUGAACAUAUCAGUCAGUGCCAUGUCUUGAACUGUGACCUUAUAUGGCAAGUAUAAACUUGUCCACAGACUCUAGUCUUGUAAAUAUAUAAUGCAUACUUUUUGACAGUGUACCCAUGUUUGUACAGAAUAUGUUACUACCUCAUAAUAAUGAACAGUUCUUGUUUUGUUGUUUUGUAUUCUUGAGAUAAUGGUCUUGUUACUUAUUAAAUUAUUUCUACUGCAAGU